AUGGCGGCGGCGUCGGAGGAGCGGAUGGCUGAGGAAGGAGGCGGUGGCCACGGCGACGGCGGCCCCUCUUCGGCCAUCGGCUCUACCCAGCGACUGCCCCCCCCGCCCCCGCCCCCGGCCCCGCAGCCGGGCUCCCAGGCGCCCCCAGCCCAGGCGCUGGCUCCCGACCAGCUGCCUCAAAACAACACGCUGGUGGCGCUGCCCAUCGUAGCCAUCGAGAACAUCCUCAGCUUUAUGUCCUACGACGAAAUUAGUCAGCUCCGCCUGGUUUGUAAAAGAAUGGACUUGGUCUGCCAGAGAAUGUUGAAUCAGGGAUUUCUAAAAGUGGAGAGAUACCACAAUCUAUGUCAGAAACAAGUUAAAGCACAACUUCCAAGGAGGGAGUCGGAAAGAAGAAACCACUCGUUAGCUCGUCACGCAGACAUCCUUGCUGCUGUGGAAACAAGGCUCUCACUGUUAAACAUGACUUUCAUGAAGUAUGUGGAUUCCAAUCUCUGUUGCUUCAUCCCAGGAAAGGUGAUUGAUGAGAUUUAUCGAGUGUUGAGAUACGUCAAUUCCACCAGAGCCCCUCAGCGAGCUCAUGAAGUACUUCAGGAGCUAAGGGAUAUCUCCUCCAUGGCGAUGGAGUACUUUGAUGAGAAGAUCGUGCCCAUUCUGAAGAGGAAGUUACCAGGAUCAGACGUGUCCGGAAGGCUCAUGGGCUCUCCUCCAGUUCCGGGACCUUCUGCAGCCCUCACAACCAUGCAGCUCUUCUCCAAGCAAAACCCUUCAAGACAAGAGGUUACCAAACUCCAGCAGCAGGUUAAGACAAACGGUGCCGGCGUGACUGUUCUCAGGCGUGAAAUUUCUGAGCUUCGCACCAAAGUGCAGGAGCAGCAGAAGCAGCUUCAGGACCAGGACCAGAAGCUGCUAGAGCAGACCCAGAUCAUAGGCGAACAGAACGCACGCUUGGCGGAGCUGGAGCGCAAACUGCGGGAGGUCAUGGAGAGCGCGGUGGGGAACUCCUCAGGGGCUGGGCAGAACGAGGAGUCCCCUCGGAAACGGAAGAAGGCACCAGAAGCCAUAGACUCCCUUAGGAAAUCGAAGCGUCUUCGGAAUAGAAAGUAAAGUUGGGGGUGGGGGGCUUUCAAGCUCCAAAGGAAGACGCGGUUGAGCAGCCGAAGCAGUGACGCCCAUCAGGACACCCCAGAGGCUUCUGGGCUUUCAGACAGAACACAACUUCAGCUUGAACUCUCACGGUUGGGACAGUCUUCUCCCGCUUCUCCUGGUUGAACUGAUGCACAGAGUCUUUUUACUUUGCAAUAGAUUUGUACUAACCAGACCUGUCCUAUCAUGUUUUGAGGAGUUAACUUUUUUCUGUGCAGAUAACGUUUAAAAGUAAGUUUAUUUGUUCCUGCAUAUAUGCACAUUACAGAAGGAUCUGAAACAAACCAGUCUGGACAGACUAGAAGUUAAGUUGAAUACAGAAAGUGUCCUGUUUCACUUGAAAGAAAAGACCUACUUUUUAAAUGGACAGUAUCUUGUUUUAAAAAAAAAAAAGUUGACUUUUUGUUAUAAGUGACCUUUGUCUGGAAUGUCUGAAAAGUAGUAAAUGCUUUUUGGUAUCAAAGUAAUGGGUAACUAAAACAGACUUCCAUAGUGUUGACUGUAAGAGGGGCCUCUACAGGAUUGACUAUAUAUUUUUAUAAACUACUGGCAAGGGACUUAUCCAGUUGUUCUACACAUGUUUUCAGUUCUCUUCUGGGGCCACGCCCGGCAUUUGCAUGGGUGCAUGCACGCAUCGCCUAGUCAGCUCACGCAAAAAGCUCUUGGCACUGGCGUUGACCUUGAACUUCUCUACUUCUCCACCUUCUAGAGCAGCGUUAGCUUAUUUGAGCGCCUAACACCUUCCACUGCCACAGCAGCUUGCCUCCAGGGAGGAAUUAGUCCAUUUGUCCUCCAGUUUUAGGGGAACAAGGGAACAUUAAAGCCCAUCGCUUUCUCUGUUCUCUGUAGGGUUCAGGUACAGUAACCAAGGCAAGAACCCCAAACGCCAGUUUCUGUCAUUGUCGGACCUCUGGGGACUGGUCGUGGCCCUUCCUCACCACGUGUGUGUGCAUGGAUCAGUGUGUGAUCACCACGGGUGUGAGCAGGGGACCCAGCUUGUAGAAUGCAGUUCUGCCACUGAAAGAAACUCACUGAAGAAAAUCCAACUAUGAAAAAGCAUUUCGAUCAUUUCAUUUCUGGGGGAUGACCUGAGGGAAGCUUUUAAGUACUAAUUUCAAGCUUUCCUUUUCCUACAACUUUAAACAAAAGCUUUAAUUUCGUUUGCACUCCUGUUCUGAGCGUAUAACUGGAAAAGCAUGUCUUGCACUGUUCACCCUUCUAAGCGGUCACUUUAACAACCUCCAAAUUGUGUACAGUGGUUCCUUUCCCCAGUUGUAUAUUUUUGAGACCUUCAGCUCUUACUGUCCUCGUUUUAUUUUAUGUACUAAAUUAUGUAGUUAUUAUUUGACUGAUAAGUUCUUUUAUCAACUCGUAACAGCUGUUGCCGUAGGCUUCAGUUAUUUAAAAUAGGUUUAGGUGUAAUAUAGAAAAUUACCCCUGUCCAGGUGGGAGUUGGACACCUGCAAAAAAACCUAAGGUUUGGUAAGUACCUUAGUUGAAUAAAAGCACAAGGUUACCACCCUUUCUGCCUGUCCACCAUGACACGGUUAUCCAUCCUUUAAUCUCACCAAACAAAGCUUUUUCUUACCCAUUUUUAAUAUUGUCCUUCCAUAAUACUGUCCUUAGGUUUUGAUCAAUUUUCUGUCUGACUUGGAAACUCCAUUGACAAUGUAGUAUGUUUUCAAUGAAGGAAAAAAAAACAUCUAACAUCCAAGUGUUUUCAUGGUUUGUUGGGAAGGUAAUUUUAAAAUAAACAAUUUCCAAAAAACAUUUGUCAGCCAAGGUCAUCCAUAAAAGUCCCCGUCUGGAACUCGUUUUCUCGGCAGGUGUCAUUUUUGUAAUCCUAGGAUUUAGCCAUAUUGUUCUAACUCUGAAGCAGGCCUGCUGGGAUACUCAUGGCCAUGAAUAGUCUGCCUUCCCAGUAAAAGGAAGACUCUUUCGAGUAACCAGGUAACAUGUUUACAGGUUUAUAGAGUAGGAUCCUUACACAUCAAAGGGGUACAACCUCAGAUGAUUAGCAGUUGUUCUUGAAUUAUUUCAAGUUUCCUGGGUUUCUUUUUAAACUGUACCUACAUACCCUAAACGUAUGUAGAGCCUUCUGUUAGUUACCAUGAGUAUUUGGCUUUCGUAGGAAGCGUCCACACUAUCGGAAGGUAUUUUCUGUCUCAAAGUCCAAAUUUCUACAAGAUUCACUUGUAACUGUCUGUCCGUAAGGCCCAUGAGUUCUACCUGUGAAUGCGCGAAUGUUCGUAAGAGUAGGAGAAGAAAGCACUGCGGUUCAGUUAUCUGUUUAAGUCUGCGAUCUUACCGAAGACAUCUUGCUUAAAAAAAACGUCAGGCGAUGACCUUGACUGAUUUGAUAGCUGUUACGCUUGCUUUUGGAUAGCAGAGUGGCACUGAGGUUUCGACAGAUCACAAAGGAUUUUCAUCAGCUAAAACCGACAGGCCCCAGCAACGCCGCAGGCGCAGACGAGCCUCCCGGAUGGGAACCAUCUUGCCCGGGGUCAGACACCCGUGGCUUCGGUGGCGUCUGGGAGUGUCAUGUUGUCCUGGAGCGAGAUGCCAUGAGUUAUUCGGGUCCUCGUCCUUGGCUGUUUCUCAGAGGAGACUUCUCUGUGUUAGCGGGUCACCGCGCUUGUCAGUCGAUGAUGGCGCAGCACCCAUGACACAGACCCAGAGGAACAGGCAUUAGUCAGUUCCAUGGGGACUUGCCCCCACCUCACCCACCCAGGGCCCUCUGCGUCUCUCCCGCACGGACUCGGCUCGGUUUUCCCCUAAUCCCAAAUACAAAGUCUUUCAAGACCUGAGGUUACUCAACCUCCUGCUUUUUCAGCUCCUUUCUGGCUCUUCAGAGCCUGGAAAUAAUGGGGCAGACGCAAACGCAGUCCCCGUAAUGAAUCACGCUGUUUUAAAAACCGUUGGCGUGCCAUCUGGUCUAAAGCCACUGGUCUUAGAAGGAGCUUUUGGGGUUGGUUUGUUUUUUUUGUCGUUUUGGGGGUUUUUUUUUUCUUUUGGUAAAACAUGUUUUCUGGAGUACUGAACUUUACAGGGGCUUGCCUUAAUCUCUAUUUAGUAGUUUGAAGGUGUAUGCACUAUUAUUCUACUUGUUAAAAUGUUGCAAUAUUCUAUGUAGCCCAGAAGGUGGGUAAAACAGUAUGAGUCAUGCCUAAAUAAAUAAGCUAAAGGUGUCACAAUAGCUGGAUUUUUUUUUGUUGUUUUUUGAGAAAAGAUGGACGUAGGAUCAGAGGCUGUGUGUAAGAAACAGACACCACGGCACCUUGAAAUUGCACUAUUUUAUGCAUUGUUUUCUAUGCCAUUUCGUAGCCUGCACUUUAAUCUCCAAAGAAACGAUGUGUGAUGUCCCACUUCCUGAUCAGUAGUGAACUGUUUCCUAAGACAGGGCACUUAAUUCUGUUUUACUGAAAGAGUUUCUUGGAGGUGGAUCCCUUCCCUGAGUUCUCUAUUUCCUUAGCCAUAAUAUUUUCUAGGAUCUAGGAACUCCUGGUCUUGUCUGUUCCCAACAGUGAGAAUUUUAAUUUAAUGUAACAUAAAAUCUCAUCCUUGGUGAUGAGCACAUUCUUCCCUCCCGCCCUAGCUGUGAGUACCCAUUUGUUAGCACUUAUCCAACCCUCUCAAAAUAUCAUGGAAGUACGAUCUGAAGCCAGGAAUAGAGGCAUUCUGAAAAGUAAUCAGCCGGUAUAAUGCAGUCUCUCUUGGAACCGGCUAUUUCUAAUACGUAACGCAUAAAGUCCGAUCUGAUAAUGCCAUCAAUUUCUUGAGACCUGAGACUCUAUAACUAGUAGUCCAGGAAGGUUACGAAGUUAAAACUCCUCGGAAAUAACAAGUUUCUAUAGUCCGCCAUCUGAGGUCAGUUCUUUUCAAAAAAUACUAAAGCAAUCUAAAAAAAUGAAACUAGCAAUCGGUUGGCCGCUGCCCACCAUUUUCUUUCUAAUAACACUAAUUUGUAUUCACGGUAAGUAGAGGCUUAAGUAAUGUUGGCCUUUUCCAGCUUCCUGAGAAUCUCUGAUCCUCAAGAUUCCAAAGUUAAAUCCAAAUUUUUCCUGUUGUGUCUGAAAGAACUGUGGGAUUUCGAAGCAUAUUGGAAAUCUAUUAGGUCCACUGCCAAAGUAUACCGGUCCAUAUUCAAAGCUAUACCAAAAGUUAGAAGUGUUUAAAAUUCCUUUAUGUGGUACCAUGUCUGUUUACUUAUGCUCUGAGCACCAAUAAAUUACUAGUUUGGCUUCUGGAAUUUUAACUGUUAAAACCUAAUUCAAUUACUGGGAGUGAGAAGCACCUCCCGAUCACACAACAGGGUACGUGAAUAAAUGUGUUGUAACCAGU